AUGGCUUCUCACUCAGCUCCGGUUUCAAUGCCCUUGAAUGGCCCUGCUCUGCUGCAGUGCUUUUUUGGCGACUAUGAUUAUGUCAAAACUGUGAUGGAGGAAACGGCCUAUUAUGACGCUACAGACGAGAAUUUUGGAUCGUCUUAUCGGAGACUCACGGACGGAAAGAGCGUCACUGUCAAGCUAUUAAACAAAGCUAAACUUUCUUUCUUUGCCACCCAUGAGAUAUGUAUAAUUGACAAGAGAGGUGUAUACUUGCCUUUCAUUUCUACCUCAAAUGAAAAGAACACAGUUGUCUGUGGUCCAUUGAAAGGGCGCUGGCAGGUCGAUGAGCUUGACACCCUCAGACGCCGUGGAUGGACUGUCCAUCACUACGCCGCUGGUGAGUUGCUUGAUGUUACUACAGAUUUGAAGCUGGAAGCAGAACUAUCCCUAGAAAAUGGCUGUUUAUUCCUCGAUGAAUACAGCGCUGUAAUUGAGUACAACGCUGAGGAAGAUGACGCGCUGAUAUCUACGAGCACAAAGCUGAGCGUGAAAGACGACACCGGAAUUGAAGUCGAUUUACUCGGGCUUGAAUUUUAA